CCUUACCUUUAGAGAAGUUGUUUACACAAGGUGAAUCUCAGCGGCAGCUUAAAUUUAGUCGGAACUCCGUCAUCGCCAAAUCCAAACGGUGUGCGAAAUUGGGCCCCACCAAAACUCUACUUGCAUUUAUUUGUUUGAACUGCGCAUACAGAUACGGAGCUGAACCGCGGCACCCCGAGCUCAAUAGCACAUUCGCCCCAAAUCGCACAUAGAAUUCUUUUUUUUCCCCCGUACUAUAGCUCUCGAAUGGAUUCGCAAACCACUACCGGACCAAGAGCGCAGGCGUCGGCGGAGACUGGUCCUGCCCGUCACUCAGCCGGCCGGGACUCUCGCAGAGGAGGUAGAGGAGGACAGAACGCAGGCCGCGCCGACGGACAACGAGGCGGUGCUCGCGGCGGCGAAAGAAGGGGAAGGGGAGGCAGAGGCAAGGGCGGUCCCAGUGGACGCGGCCCCAAUUCAGCCACCGAUUCAGUCGCUGCUCCGGGACAUCGUGCUCGUGGUAAUUUUGGCACGCGCUUGACGGGAGACGCCACACAAGCAGAGGACAACAGGAAAGUGGCAAAGCCUGCUGACGCAGGUGCGGAGGUUGAUGAAGAAGAAGAUGAUGAUUCGGAAGUGUGCUUCAUUUGCGCCUCACCUGUCAUCCAUCAGGCUGUUUCUCCAUGUAACCACCGGACUUGUCAUAUUUGCGCAUUAAGGCUCCGUGCUCUCUACAAAACAAAGGCUUGCGCUCAUUGUCGGACUAAUGCGGACUAUGUCAUUUUCACCGACCACCCGUCAAAGCGAUACGAGGAGUUUGAGGAGAAAGACUUUGCAAAGUCAGACGACAUUUUGGGAGUUAAAUAUGAAAAGAACGAAAUCUUUGAGGACACUGUGCUUCUGCUCCGGUACAACUGCCCUGAUCCGGAUUGCGACGUUGCUUGCUUGGGCUGGCCAGAUCUCCACCGACACGUGAAAAGUACGCAUCAUAAGGUCAUGUGCGACCUUUGCACGAGGAACAAGAAAGUCUUUACACACGAGCAUGAGCUCUUCACGGCCAAUGAGCUACGAAAACACGAGAGACAUGGUGACAAUGUUCCAGGAGCUGCGGACCAGAGUGGGUUCAAAGGGCACCCCGAGUGUGGAUUUUGCAAAAUGCGAUUUUACGGGGAUGACGAGCUCUAUACCCAUUGCCGCGAUCGACACGAGAGAUGUCACCUCUGCGACAGGAGGGAUGGUCUUCGAUUCCAAUACUAUGUCAAUUAUGACGCACUGGAACUCCACUUCAAAAAGGACCAUUUCCUCUGUCCCGAUCAGGAAUGUCUUGACAAGAAAUUUGUAGUUUUUGAUUCUGAAAUGGACCUCAAAGCGCAUCAAUUAGAGGCCCACCCGAAUGGACUGUCAAAGGACGCACGGAGAGAUGCGAGGAGAGUGGACCUAUCAACCUUUGGCGAUUUCAGAGCGCCCCACCACUUUGAUGGCAGGAGCAGAAGAGAGGGACGAGGCCGGGGCAGAGGGAGGGAUCCCAACAGCGAAGCGUUGCCGGUGUCAACUGCUCAGCCUCUUCGAAGGGACGAAAUCGCUUUCCAAAGACAGCGGGCAAUUCAGAGCGCUCAGUCCGUCACGACCUCCACAUUUGGCACCCAGCUCUCAUCCACCGAGGCCUACGCAGCACGUCCGCCACCACAGUCUGCCACUCCUCAAACCGUCACGACCGCCCAGCGAGACGACUCCUUCCCUGCGCUUCAAAACCUCAACAUCAACAACAACAAUACACCCAACGGAUCUUCUUCACAACCCUCGCAAUCUCUCCAAAACCUCCCUCCCCAGGAACAGGCGCGCCGCAUGAGACAUGCAGCUGUCACUGAACGGGCCACCGCCAUGUUGCGAAACGACCCGUCCAAAGUAUCGCAAUUCCGAAACAAAAUCUCCGCGUUCCGCUCCUCUUCCAUCUCCGCCUCGGAACUCAUUGACUCCUUCUUCUCUCUAUUCGACACCUCGAGCUCAGAACUGGGCAAACUUGUCAAGGAACUCGCCGACAUUUUCGAAAUUGACUCCAAACGCACCGGUCUGCUCAAAGCCUGGAGCGACUGGCGCGCCAUCAACGAAGACUACCCCGCACUUCCAGGCCCCAGCGGUAUCCUGCCAGGCGCCUCAUCCUCUGCGCUCGGAAGCGGCGGCUCCAGAGUCCUCAAACUAAAGUCCUCCACUGCCCAGUCUUCGCGCUCGGCCAUUAACAAGCAGAACAGCUGGGGCACUGCCGCUUCCCCUUCCUCUUCUUCUGCUACCUCUUCUUCUGCCGCUAAUGCUUUCCCCGCCUUGCCUUCCGCCUCUGCACCUUCAUCCAAUCGUGCAGGUGCCUCAAAGUCCACCACCGCCCCGUCAUGGGCCGGUGCCACUCCUUCCGGGCCUGCAGGUAUUCAGCCAACCUCAUCAUCAUUAUCGUCCUACUCUCGCCCCGCACCAAAAGCGUCUUCGCGCGGCACUCCCACCGUCAAUAGCGCCGAUGCGUUCCCCGCUCUUCCCGCCGCUGCUAAACCCACCAGUACCAUUUUCGGAUACGGUUCCGGCGCAGUGCGACGCGACUUUGGCGCUAGCCGCAACACUGCGAAUGCAUGGGCCAGCGAUGCGCAAGCCGCUGCUGAUGCCGAUCUCGACACUGAUGGAGCCGGAGCAGCGGGUGGAGCAGGUGGAGGUGGAGGUAAACGUAAGGGCAAGAAGAAGCAGACUUUGUUUCACUUUGGGUAGUAUGUCUGCUUGCCUUAUUUUCAAUGCUUGAUGGGCCUGUCUUAUCUCCACUGUUUAUGGGCCUGCCUUGCGUCCAGUGGAUCUCAUUUCAUCUCAUCCACCUCUCUCUCUCUCUCUCUCUCUCUCUCUCUCUCUCUCUCUCUCUCUCUCUCUCGUUGCG